UGACGUCUGGAAAAUUUGUGUCUAUGACAACUUUUGCUCUACUACUCGAGGUCUAUCUACCCUGAAAGUUUCAGAAAUUUUCGUUCGGCCGUUUCUUAGAAACACCGGAAAGGGGGGGGGGGCCCUUAAUGUCGUUGAUGAAAUUAUAUUUUCUUAUAAGAAAAUUGCAUUCUAUAUAUAUGUUUUAGAAACAAGAGCGAAAUUGAGUCGAAUAUUUAAGAAAAGAGACUUGAUGGUUUCGAUCAUUUUGAAUAGCUUUUAAAAAUUUUUUCUUAAUAGUGGUUAUUGUUUUGUAGUUGGUUACAAAUUCCUUGAUCUACUCCGAUUUUCUUGUUCAAUUGAUUCCUUCUCUUAAGAUGCCCAUGCAGAUUUAAUUGACACAAAUAAUAAAGUAACUCUCUUUAUCACACUCCUGUCUAUGCGAUUUGAUAAGAAGCUAUGUGCUAAAUUAAGAUCUUUUAAUUCCAGUAAUCAGAAAAAUAUAACUUCUAAUCAUUUGUUUUUCGGCUUCCGAUUCAUUUUGAUACGAUCUGUGUCAAUCUAGUAAUUCUAGUUGAUCAAAUAAAAUUAACAUAUAUUGUUCUUGUCGUUAAUUAUUAUCUCGCAUCGAAGCUAAUUCGAUUGAUUUUGAAUUAUGUUCUUUUAGAAUGGUCUGAAUUAUAUAUAUGGUGUAAUAAUGAUGAAAAAGAAGAUUUUUUUGAUUGUGUACAAAUACGACAAAAUAGUAUAACAAAUACUAUUUGUCUUCAAUAUGUUUCAUGUAUUCAACAAUCUCAGUAUAUAUGCGAAGCAUCACCUCUCGUUCAAUACGAAUUAGAAACAAAUAUAGCUGAUGCAGAACGUUCAGAUAUAAAAAAUAAAAAUGACGAAAUAAUGGUUAGAGCUCCAGCUAAAGUACCAGCUUUAACGACUAAACGUACCACUUUACGAACAACUGUGAAAACAACAAUACGAACAACCGCCAAAAUAACUGCAAAAUUAACGACACAAACAACUGCAAAAACAACACAAAAAAAACCUGGUUUAAAUACUAAUAAUAUUGUAGAUACUCUCACAGGUGGAAUUAAUGCUGUCGGUCAAAUUUCUAAUGCACUAGGAAAUGUAUUGGCUGGAAAUACAAAUCAAAAUUCACAGCAACCAAAUGGUGAAUAA